CAGAUUUUCAAAAUGGUGCCCGAGGAAGACGAAAUAUCUGAACGGUUUGGAUCGGUUCGCCUUGUUGGGGGUGAAUCUCUGGUAUCUCACCGAACAGUGUUCAGCAGAGACUCCAAGAUCUUAUUUUGCUCUUGCGGCCGAAAAAUACGUGUGUACAGCACGUUAACGGGAGAUUUAUUGCGAGAACUCCAAGGACACGAAGGAAAAGUUACAGACUUUAAAAUCAACCCUAAAAAUCACUUACAGUUAAUUUCCUGCGCAGUCAGUGGAGAUGUCAUAUAUUGGGAUUAUACAGAUGGACAGAUUAUUAAGAAAUACAGAUUUGAGGGUUCUUUAGUAGGAUUGAUGGUUCACUCAGCACAUAAUGAAUCGGUGUUCUUGAUAAAGCAAACCUCAUGUAAAGGUAAGAAGAGAAAAUCAAAGGAAGAAAAGAAAAAAAAGCUUGUUGAACCAGAAGAGUACAGCUUGUCUGUGUACAAUCCAAGAUAUUGUAAAAAAGUUGACAAACCAAAGUUAAAAGUGAUACUUCAUACAUCGGGCAACUCCAAACAGACUACAAUGAGUGGUGAUGGCAACUUAUUAGCAACUGUGAAGGAAAACAAUCUACACUUGUGGAACUUCCUCUCUGGAAAAUUAAAUACGUUUUCAUACAGACGCAUACAGUUUUCAUGUGCAGCCUUUCAUCCUUUAGAAGCUUGUGUUGCUACUGGUGUAUGUGGUAGCGGGGAGAUUAUUUUGUGGCAAGGUUUGGAUCAGUUAGAAAGUCCUGCUACUUCAGUUCUUCACUGGCAUCCUAAUCCUGUCUCUGAUAUUAUUUUUUCUCACGAUGGUUCAAAUAUGUUUUCUGGUGGAGAGGAAGGUGUAUUGGUGUUGUGGCAGUAUAAGACAGAUCAUCAAGUCUUCCUUCCCAGAUUAAGCACACCUAUAAACCAUCUUGCUAUCAGUCCAGAUGAUUCAUUGACAGCUGUCAGUCAAAGAGAAAAUGUUAUUAGAUUAGUUAACAAUACUGAAUGGAAGAUUAAACGGACAAUUCAGGGAUUGAGGCAAAUUGAUAAUCUUUUUGCUGGCAUUGUGUAUGAUCCACGCUCAAAAGGCCUAGUGACAAGUAACAAGCCUGGUGUUCUACAGUUUUACCUUCCACAAAGUGAUCAUCAUGCAUUUUCUCUUGAUGUUGUAAGACAGAACAUUAUUGUCAGAACAAAGAAGGAGCAGGUAGUCUGCACCAAGGUUGAUCAAAUGGCAUUUAAUGACAGUGGAAGCUGGUUGGCAACAGUUGAAAGAAGAGAUGACAAGAAAAAUGCAAUGGAAUUGAGACUCAAAUUCUGGGAAUACAACCAAAGCGAUCAGUGUUAUGUUACAAACACCUGUGUUGAUUCACCUCACGAUAAGAAGAUUGUAGCCAUUCAGUUUCAACCUCAGCAGAAAAGAGAUGAAAGUACACCUCCUCUUGCCAUGACUGCUGGAAGGGAUGGAAAAUUCAAGAUUUGGCUUUUGGCUGAAGAAACAGCUAUCAAAGGGAAGGAAUACUCUUGGUCUUGUCAAUCAGUUGGUUACUAUGGUGACAAGCCUUGCCAAGAUGCAGCUUUCUCACAGGAUGGAUCUCUCCUAGCAGUGGCUUAUGAUAAGGUUAUCACUCUAUGGACCCCAAGUACAAAUGAGCUGAGAAAGACUCUAGCUUUACCCUACCCUGAUGAGGAGAUCAAGCGGAUCAAGUUUGGACAUAACAGCUCCUCACAGUACUUGGUCUCCAUCACCAAUCGGUAUCUAACUGUGUGGAAUCUUCUCUCCUGUACAGUUUGGUGGAGUGUGGAAGCCCCUGUGACGUGUUUACUGCCUGAUCCACAAACAAAUCUGAUUUGUGUUUUCGUUUCAUUCAACAAGAACAAAUCACACUUGUACAUUUUCGACCCAGCCUCCCCUCAUCCUGUAGCUGUUCAGUCCUCUGUGUCCAGGAGGUCGGAUGUGGUGUCAGCGGUCUUCGACAGGGAAAGCGUUUUAUGCAGCAACAAAAAUGGGAAAUCGUUCAAAAUGUCGAAACUUUACUUCUUGAAUCAGGAGCAGAAACUGUUCACAUUGGAUUUUGGUGAAUCAGAAGAUAAAAAGAGUCCAGUCAAGUCACAGGAAUCUGCUGCGAAGCCAGAAGAGCAAACUGAAUUCUAUAAGAUCUUCGGACAGUCAACGAAGAGUAGAGCGGAGUCCACUUCAGAUCACCGCGUCGGUAAAGGUGUCAGGGGAAAUCCAUCAAGCGCUGUGGUCAGACAGAUGCUGCAGACCCCUUCUCAUGUUCUUCCUUCAGUUUCCUCUAUUUGCUCAUCAUUUCUGCAGUCACUGUUGGUCAGCAAGCAAUCCGCGCCAAGGGAAGAUCAAGAUAAUGACAAGAAUAGUGAUGAUGAAAACGAAGUUGAAAGUAUGGAUGAGGAUGAAGACAGCGACGUAGAAACAACGCGUGUUUCCGAAGGAGCUUCCGGGCAAGUUCAUGACUCUUCGAUGGAAACGACAGACGGUGCUGUUUUGCAAAGCAGGCAACUCAAUUCCGGAGAACAUUACGCUGAUCUUGACAGUGUUAAUUUUACCUGGCUAAAAGACUUCUUCGCCUCCUCUUAAGUCAACUUUGUUGUCACUGACAUCAGAUGCAGGAUAUGUGCGUGAAUAAAACGAAAUAAUUAUUUCAUCAAGGAUAAAUGAAAGUGAAAAAUUAAAACAAUACAAUUUCAUCAGUGCCGUGUCUCAUCUCGAAAGAAUGCCCCACAGAUGAAGGACAACCAUGAGCUCUCUGGAAGAGAAA